AUGGAAAGGUUUUGGGAAAUAGAAGAAAGGAUUUGAGUAAUUUUUAAAGAAAUUGGAAAAUUAAGAUUUCUAGAUUUUUCAUCAAAAAGGAAAAAGUUAUUGACUGAAGGGUGUUUUAUUAUAAGUAUGCAAAAAUUUAUUUGGAAACAAACAAAUUAUAAAUUACUUAUGAAAUUAGCUGAACAGGAGAUUAGGGGUUAUUGAAGAUUCGAGCAACAAUGAGAAAAUCUUGCUGCCUUUCCCAGAAUAAGUUAUUCUAAAUAUUUUAUGAUAAGCUUGAAUCUCAAUUUUAGAUUUUAG